CCGCAGCUCUCCCGCGGUCCCUUUCCCACAGGCCUUCGCGGCGUGUUGCCUUUUUCUCCUCGCCUCGGCUCUGGCCUGGACCCUUACCCACAAUUCUUUUCGCCGGUGGGGGGCCUGGAUCUAUUACCCACAAGCCCCUGGCUCGAGGGGCUUGUUGCUUUUGAGCCUCUUCCCUUGAUUGGAGACUUCCUGCUACUCCCGCCCCCGUAACCUGUUUUUCAGGGGUGCGAGACCCCCAGCCGCCAUUGCUUUGGACCUCUCUCACUUGGCAAGAUGACCCAGUUCCUGCCGCCCAACCUUCUGGCCCUCUUUGCUCCCCGUGAUCCUAUCCCAUACCUGCCACCCUUGGAGAAACUGCCACAUGAAAAACACCACAAUCAACCUUACUGUGGCAUUGCACCCUACAUCCGAGAAUUUGAGGACCCUCGAGAUGCCCCUCCCCCGACUCGAGCAGAAACCCGGGAGGAACGCAUGGAGAGGAAGAGACGAGAAAAGAUUGAACGGCGACAGCAGGAAGUGGAGACAGAGCUAAAAAUGUGGGACCCUCACAAUGAUCCCAAUGCUCAGGGUGAUGCCUUCAAGACUCUCUUUGUGGCUAGAGUGAACUAUGACACAACAGAAUCCAAGCUCCGGAGAGAGUUCGAGGUAUACGGACCCAUUAAAAGAAUACACAUGGUCUACAGUAAGCGGUCAGGAAAGCCCCGCGGCUAUGCCUUCAUCGAGUAUGAACAUGAGCGAGACAUGCAUUCCGCUUACAAGCACGCAGACGGCAAGAAGAUUGAUGGCCGGAGAGUCCUUGUGGACGUGGAGAGGGGCCGAACUGUGAAGGGCUGGCGGCCCCGGCGGCUAGGAGGUGGCCUAGGCGGGACCAGAAGAGGCGGGGCUGACGUGAACAUCCGGCAUUCAGGCCGGGACGAUACUUCCCGCUACGAUGAGAGGCCCGGCCCCUCCCCGCUUCCCCACAGGGACCGGGACCGGGACCGUGAGCGGGAGCGCAGGGAACGAAGCCGCGAGCGAGACAAGGAGCGAGAACGGCGACGCUCCCGCUCUCGGGACCGGCGGCGGCGCUCACGGAGUCGCGACAAGGAGGAGCGGAGGCGCUCCAGGGAGCGGAGUAAGGACAAGGACCGGGAGCGGAAGCGGCGAAGUAGCCGGAGCCGAGAACGGGCACGACGGGAGCGCGAGCGCAAGGAGGAGCUACGUGGUGGCGGCGGCGGUGGCGGUGACAUGGCGGAGCCCUCUGAGGCCGGUGAUGCGCCCCCUGACGAUGGGCCUCCUGGGGAGCUGGGUCCUGAUGGCCCUGAUGGUCCAGAGGAGAAGGGUCGGGAUCGUGACCGGGAACGACGUCGGAGCCACCGGAGCGAGCGAGAGCGGCGUCGGGACCGCGAUCGAGACCGGGAUCGCGAGCACAAGCGGGGGGAGCGGGGUGGUGAACGGGGCAGGGAUGAGGCCCGAGGUGGGGGUGGUGGUGGCCAGGACAACGGGCUGGAGGGUCUGGGCAACGAAAGCCGAGACAUGUACAUGGAGUCUGAGGGAGGUGAUGGGUAUCUUGCUCCGGAGAACGGGUAUUUGAUGGAGGCUGCACCAGAGUGAAGAGGGCCUCCCCCACUGUUUUAUUUGGACGUGUUCCUACCCACCCAUUUACUGUCAUCCUCUCCCCCAAUCUUCUUGGCCACCACCUAAGUUUGCCAGCCAAGGGUAGGAGUCUCCCUUAUUUGUUCUGGCCCCUUGGAUUUAAAAAUAAAAUUAAUUUCCUGUUGAUAAUGA